CCAGCAUAUAAGAGCAGAACUUAGCCUAGCAUAUUAUUAGUGGUAUUUAUUCAUAAUUCAUUAUACAUUAUUCAUUGAUUGUAUCUGCUCCCCCGUAUUUCAUAAAAAAGUAUAGGUCAUCUCAGAAGAAACUUUCCACUAUGACUGAUUUAGCAUAUUUACUUAUAUAUAAUGCUCAUAAUGGAGCAUGUAUGAAGAUUCCUAAACCAAUUCGAUUUCAUAAUUUAAAUGAAUUUAAACGAUUUUUACUGCAAUCAUUCUUAUUUGAAAGUGUAGAUAAUAUUUUCUUACUUACAUCAUUUGGAAUUCGAUUAAAUUUUAAUUUAAUUAAUGAAUUGAAUGAUAUUUAUGUAUUUGAUAAAAGAUUAUUUGCCAAUGGUUAUGAAAUAAGUAUUUUAAAUAAUUAUUUACAACAGACUGAAUUAGAUAAUAGUAAUAAUAUUAUUUCAUCACCUCAACUAUCAAUAUUAACAACAGCACUUGAAACAAAUAAUAUAAAGGAAAUUACUAAUCGACUUAAAUUAAAUCAUGAUUGGACUAAUCAAUUACUUCGAAAUAGUUUAAAAUUAUCCGAUUAUUGUAAAGAAUUAAUAAGUCAAAUUAAUAUAAUAUUUAAAUCUUUAAAUACAAUUUUCCAAUUUGCAACUAAUUUUAUUAAUGAAACUGAAAAGAAUUUUAAUAAUUAUUUAAGUUAUAUUAAAUUAAUCAAAUAUAAAUCAUUACAUAAUUCAUGGGAAGAUCAUUAUAAAAAAUUAUUAAUAUUUCCAACUAUUAAAAUAAAGAAUAAAUUAAUUAUACUAAAGGAUUUUUUAAAUUAUAAUAAAUUAAUUGAAAAAUCCAAUUAUAUUAAUAAUAAUUUACCAUUAAUUAUUGAAGAAUUUGAUAAAUUAACUAAAUCAAUUAAUGAAGUUAAUGGAGAAAAAUUAUUAAUUGAUAAACAAAUUGAAUCAUUAAGAAAUGAAUCAAUAUUUGAAUUUAAAGAAUUUCAAAUGUCGGAAGUAAUUGAUAAUAUAAAACAAUUAUCAAAUAUACUUUUUAAAGAUUAUAAUAAAUUAUCUACUAGUGAUUUAGAAUUAGAAUUAUUUGAAAUAUUUAAUAAUCAUAAGAAUCAAUUAAGUCCUCAAUUAUUUAAUAAAGUUAAUAAAUUAUAUGAUCAUUAUAUUGGAUUAAAGAGAUUUAAAGAAAGAUUAAUUAAUGAGUCAAUUAAGAUAUUUAAUAAAAUUGCUAAUUUACAAAUGAGUAUGGUUAAUAUAAAGAAUAAUCUUAAAUUAUUAACUAAUCCAUCACCAUCAGAAAUUGGUAAUAAUAAUAUUAAUAUUAAUAUUAAUAAUACUAAUAUUAAUAAACCAUCAUUUCAAACUAUUCAAACCAUUAAAAAUUAUGAAGAUUAUUUAGCAAUAACUAUAGAUUUACCAUUAUUAUUUGGAUUUAUUCUUAUAGAAAAAAGAAGACAAUAUGAAUGGUAUGAUUUUUAUUCAAAGGGAAUUGUAAAUAAUGUUAGUGAACAAUUAUCAAUUAUUAUAGAUCAUGAAAAGUUAUUUAGAAAGAUUUGGUUAAAGAAAUUUGGUACCUUUUUACCAUUAUUAGAAAAUGAUAAUAAUGAUCAUCACUUAAUUCAAUCAACAUUACCAAAUAUUGAUGUUACAUUAGUAGGUAAGAAUCAUAAUAAUUCAUCAUCUUCCUCUUCAUUUAAAAUAUUAGAUGAUAUUAUAAUUGAUAGAGAUGAUAUAUUAAAUUAUAUUUCAAUUUUAGAAACUGCCAAUGUUUCCAAUAAUUUUAUUGAAUUACUUAAUAAGAAUUUUAAAGAUUUAAUUAAAUCUACUAAUACUAUGAAAAAGUUAACAAAGAUUAUUAAUUCUUUAGGUCAUUAUACUUCAUUAGCCAGUGAAAAUAAACUGAAAUUAUUAAAUAGUGAUGGGAAACCAGAUUCUGAUGAAAUUGAAGAACUGGAUAUUGAUAUUGAUUUAAAUCUUAUAAAGGGAUUAAAAUCUAGAAUUAAAAAACUUGAAAGUUUAUUACAUCAACAACAAUUUAAAAAUUUAACUAGUUGGCCAGUUAUAAGAAAUGAUAAUGAUAAUAAUAAUAAUAAUAAUAUUUCAGUAAGUAAUUCUAAUAAUAGAAUGAGUUUAAUUAUGGAUCCUUCUACUAUGAAUAAAUCAGAUCCCACUCAACUAUUACAACGAAGAAAUUCUACCAAUUCAAAAGUAUUAUCAUCAUCCCCUAAUAAUACAACUACAACCACAGCUACAGCUACAACUAGUAUAGAUAAACAUUUAGAUAAUAUAAGACUUAAACGAGAAAAUGAAGAACUUAUAGCACGAAACAAUGAAUUAUCUAAAGAAAAUAAAAAGUUAAUGGAAGAUAAUGAAUUGAAAAAUGAUGAAAUUUCUAAUUUAAAACAAGAAAUUUCAAAUUUAACCAAGAGAAUUUCUCAUCAAGAUGAAGAAAUUAAAUUAAAUAAUAAAUUAGAUUCUAAAACCAUUGAUAAUUUACGAAAUAAAAUUGAACAACGAGAAACUCAAAUAUCCGAUUUACAAAAUAAUUUAAUUAAAAUUACUGAAUUAAAUAGUAAUACUGGAGGAGAAAUUAAUAAAUUAAAUCAAAUAAUUUCAGGAUUAAGAAAUGAUUUAAAUGAUAUUACCAAUACUAAGAAUGAUUUAUUAUCUAAUUUAUCAUCAAAAGAAAUUGAAAUAACUAAAGAAAGAAAUUCUUUACAUGAAGAUAUUAAAAAUUUACAAAAUAAAUUAGAUGAAAUUCAUGAAGAUUAUGAAAAUUUAAUUGAACUUAGUUCUGGUGAUAAGAAAUUAAUUCAACAACUUAAUAAUAUUAUUAUAGAUUUAUAUGAUAAUAUUAAAAAAUUAUCUCAAGAAUUAUUUGAAUUCUUUUUAGAAUUUUGUUUUAUACUUGAAUCAAUGGGGUUAUUACUUAUUAAAGAUGAUCAAAUAUAUAAGAUUACUCGAGUUAAAGGUUUAAGAUCUAAGAAAAAUAAUUCAAUUGAUGAUACUGAUAUUCUGUUAAUAUCUAUUGAAAAGCCAAGUUCAAAAGUAAUUGAAGAUAUUGAAAAUAAAAUGAAUUGGUUACAUAAUUUUGAUAAUUUAAAAUUAGAUGAUUCUAAUUUUGAUGAUGAACAAACGGGACAAAUUAUUAAAUUAUAUGAAGAGAAUAUUAAAGGAAAAGAACAAGAACAAGAACAAGAACAGACUAGUAAUUCUAAUUCUAAAUUAAGAGAAUUUAUGCAUUUAAUAUCAUUUAAAGAUAAUGUAUUAAUGCAAGAAGAUAGUAUUAAUAAUAGUAAAUUCUUUUUAAAUGCUAUUGCAAAAAGAUUUAGAGAUGUUGAAGGAUUUGCAAAGAGACAAACUAAAGAAGGCAAAUUAAAAGAACAAGAAAUUAGUAAAUUAUUUCAUAAAUUAAAUUCUAAAAUAUCUAUGAAUAAUUUUCAAGUAAAUGAUCUUGUAUUAUUCUUACCUACAAGAAUUGAUAGAAUUAAUAAUGAUAUUGAAAUCGAUGAAAAUUUACAACCAUGGGCAGCAUUUAAUAUUGGAGCUCCUCAUUAUUUUUUAAAAGUUGAUGAUAAUAGUUCAAUUAAAGAUAAAGAAUGGAUGGUGGGUAGAGUAGUUACGAUUACUGAGAAUAAAGUAACCAAUGAGACGGCUACUAAUAAACAAAUGAAUCCGUUCCAAUUAAGUGUGGGGGUUAUAUGGUAUAUGGUUGAAGCAAAGGAAGUGCAUACAUAGUAUAUAGUAUGUAUAGUAUAGUAUGUAUAGUAUUGCAUAUAGCAUAUUGUACACAGCA